GGAUCGAGCCUGGGUUUCCUGCACUGCAGGCAGAUUCCUUACCACCUGAGCCAUCAGGGAAGCCCCAGUGAGUACACAUAGCCUUUACAGUAGGAAAAGUAUAUUAAAAAGGAAACCUUCAAAUGUAAUAUAUCCUUGAUAGUAAGACUUUGAUAUUAUUCACCCUCACCAGACCCCCUGUAUCCAGCAGAGCACCAUGCUCAUGAAAUGCUGAAUAAUCAUCACCUUCUCCCUGGCAUAAGGCCAGGGAGAUGAGCUGUUGGGUGGGACCAGAGAGGAGGAGUCCAUGAUAAAGGGGACUGAGCAGAGAGCCAGGUUGCUGUUAUGGAACCAAUGGGACAUAUGAGGACCUCCUUAUUAAAAAUAGCGACUUCAGAUGAAUUUCUUUUCUUAAAAUUUUUUAUUUUGACAAUUUCAGAUUUGCAGACAUGUUGUAAAGAAAGUCCAAAUAAAUAAUUCACAGACACUCUUCACCCAGACUCGUAUCUGUUAACAUUUUACUACAUUUUCUUUCCACUCUAUUUCAAGGAGAUUCCGACACACAGAACAAGUUGGUAUUAAGAUAUUCCAUUUCCUAAAUAAUCCUACAAUCAUUCCCCUCUAUGAGAACCCCUUUGGUGGGGACCUUCCUCUUUCAGAGGCUACUCCCUUCCCCUCCUAGCCCCUCCCGCUCCUUGGCCAAGAAUACUGAACAGGAAGAAGUGUUUGCUCAGGGAUGCUGGUGAGACAGAGACUAUGUGAGGAAGGAAGGACACUGCCCACACACAGGAGCUUAUUCUCACUGGAAGGGCCUCCACCUGCCACACCAAGCACAAGGCCACUGGGAAAGAUCCCCACCUGCAGACCAGACCAGCCUUCCAGGGAGACAUCAGGCCUCCUCAUCUCCUGCAUCAUGAACUGGCAUAUGAUAAUCUCUGCGCUUAUAGUAGUGGUGCUUAAGAUUGUUGGAAUGACCUUAUUUCUGCUUUAUUUCCCACAGAUUUUUGGCGAAAAUAAUGCCAUCUUCAUUCCCACAGAGAGCUCUGGAACAGUCCCACAGAUUUUGGGGAAUGGCACUGUCAGCUUCACCCCAACAGAGAGCUACGGAACAGUCUGCCCCAAGGGGUGGGAUUUUCAUCAGGGAAGAUGUUUUUUCUUGUCCAAAUCAGAAUCAUCUUGGAACAAGAGCAUGAACUUUUGCAAAGAAAAAGGAUCCACGUUGGCCAUUGUCAACACGCCAGAGAAAAUGAAAUUUCUCCAGGACAUAACUGGUGCUGAGAAGUAUUUUAUUGGCUUAUUAUACCAGCCUGUAGAGAAAACGUGGCACUGGAUCAACAACACUAAGUUUAACGGCAAUGUUACCAAUCAGGGUCAGAAUUUCCACUGCGUGACCAUAGGCCUAACAAAGACAUAUGAUGCUGUUUCAUGUGACAUCACCUACCGCUGGAUCUGUGAGAAGAAGGCCCAAUGAGGAAGUUCUCUGUGGCCUCUGACAAGAACAACAAAUAUACAACGGAGAGAGCAAAACAGCAUAUUGGCAAUAGGGACUGAUCCAGGAGAUACAAAACAUCAAAUUCCUACGUCGGUCUUCCACAGGUCACUGGAGAACCCCCUAAUAGCUCCUCAGUGCCAAAGUACCAGGCCCUCCACAAAUAUACUUGCAGAUGCACAGCUGAGGCAAGCUCCUCAUUCUGAAUCAGCAACUCCCCGAGACCCUAUUUCCUGUGAGAGUCACACCCGUGGCUUUGGAUCUACAUGGGUCAACUGAUCAAAUGAUCUCUUUAUCCAUCUGUCUACUAGUAGAGGUCCUUGGCUAUUGGGGGAAAUCAGUUUCUGCAUUCCACUUUGAGGGACUGGAUACUAUUAAUAUCACCAGGAGACAGACUCAGUUUGAUGGAGACAACUGGUUGAUACAGAGAUGAGGUCUGCUUCUAUAGAACCAAGGAUUUCUGACUGAUCAACAGGCUUUGUUUUGUCCUCAGAGCACAUGACCAUACUACCAGGGAGAAACUGCAGACUGAGCAGGUGUGAACAUUACUUAAAGAAUAGCAAGAGUGGAAGAGGGAUAAACUCAGCUUCUGGAGCUCACUUUUGUUCCCAAGAGACCCCUGUUCUCAUACUCUCCAGCCUACCUGGGGAGGGACAGCAGAGGCCCUCUUCAAUCUGCUUUGAGGCCAGGCCUAGGAAUGGUCGUGAGAGCUAAGCUGGGACCAGAGACAGCACUGUUCAUGAGAAUGGAGAAGGAGCUGGGCAGGGCAGGAAUCUGCUAGGAAACCUCUCUGAAGACUACUUAACACCUAAGAUGACCACACUUCAGAGAAUGAAUCUCUGUUCUUCAGCAAAGUCCUAAAGAAAUAAGCUAAAUAUUUCCUUGGUCUUGGCCUGAAUCUCCAUUUUAAUGGGUUUUGAUGACCUGUUGGUUGGGUGUAUACUAAGAAUUUGGUAUAGUUCCUUGGGUCCCAGUAGUCAUAAUAUAUUCCUGCCUGCAGUUGUAGAGGUACUGCAUGGUACAAUGCUGCCAGGUACAAUCUACUCACCCCAAAGAUGCCAGCACUUGUUGGUACCACACUGACCCAGGACUGGUCCAGCUGACCACAGAGUAGAAAAAGAGGAGGACUGCUCAAGGAAACAUUGGAUGGAGGCAAGUUGUGGGCAUUUGGUAGAAAGGGAACUCCAGGGACACAGGAAAGCCAUAUGCAGGAGGAAAAAGAGCUCAUUUGGCCAUAUUGAAAGAAAGGCAAGGAAAAGGUAGAAAAGUCUUGUGGACAUCCUGUCUGUCCUCUGUACUUGCAGGAAGACAUCAUCUACAGACCCUUCUCAGUACGUGGGAAAGAGAAGAGAAAUACAUAUGUGUUUUAAUUUAACAAGAAUUGAGCCAUAAGAACAGACUCGUUGGAAAAGACCCUGAUGCUGGGAAAGAUUGAAGGCAGGAGGAGAAGGGGACAACAGAGGAUGAGAUGGCUGGAUGGCAUCACUGACUCAAUGGACAUGAGUUCGAGCAAGCUCCAGGAGUUGGUGAUGGACCAGGAAGCCUGGUGUGCUGCACUCCAUGGGGUCUCAAAGAGUCAGACACAACUGAGUGACUGAACUGACUGACUGAAGCCAUAAGGGAAGUCUGCAUAAAACUACUAGAAAUUAUAGUCACCCAAGUAAAGAGAUCACCAUUUAUGUCUAAUAAAAAUGUACUACAAUGAUUGUGAACAUCA